GCCUAUGUAUACAGAUUCGUGUUCUAUCGCUACAAUCCUGGACAAGUCUCGCACGUAACCUCUCGAAUCGAUUCUACCUUUCGUAGUGUGUGUACUCUCAAUCUGUUUCAUGCCACCAAUGGAGCAACUCCGAUAUAAGCCGCUAGAUCGCGAUAGUGGUGCAAUUCGCUUGGUUCGCCUUCUUCCAGGCACGAAUGAGCCUAUUCGGCUUGAACUCAUUCACUCGAAUUUUGAUGAGGAGCCACAUAUUCCUUAUGAGGCUUUGUCGUACGUAUGGGGGUCUCCAAAUGAGGGCCGGGCAGUAGAGGUCGACGUUCAGCAAUUGACGAUCACUCCGAAUCUGAAUCUGGCGCUACUGAGAUUGCGUCGCGCAAAUGAAGACCGGAUCUUAUGGAUCGAUGCGAUUUGCGUCAACCAGUCUGAUGACAAGGAGAAAAGUGAACAGGUGGCAAAAAUGGCCAAUACAUUCGCAAGAGCCGAGAAAGUAAUUAUCUGGAUAGGUGAAUCCACACCUGAAACGGACGUGGUCUUCCAUUUAAUGCAAUUUCUGGAAAUGGAAGCACAGAAAUAUCCGUAUGAGAACUGGGAGCCUUCAGACAAACGGUGGUUGAGGCUAUGGUCUACCGUUGGAAAUUCAAAUGAAGAUCUUGUCUUGCAACGGGGCAAGGGUUUAGAGAGCAUUCUGUCUCGACCUUGGUUCCAAAAAGUAUGGAACAUUCAAGAAUUCUCCAAAGCACCGGCUGCUGAAGUGGUGUGCGGCCUGGAAACAGUAUCAGCUCCUAUAUUUGUGGUCGCGCUAUUUCUGGUAGCCGGUUCGCAGUUUCAAGCAGUCUUUGGUCUUAUUUAUGGACUUGAGCAGAAGUACUCCUGGUCGACAGAGCUCCCAGAUCUCUGCAAAAGUCUACUGAAGCACAAGGAGUGGCUGGCGGUCGACUUCGCGGAUAAAAUAUAUGGAUUGCUUGGCCUUUGGUCACACGAACAUACUAAAGAGCUCGUGCCAGACUAUCCCAAGAUUUCAGCAGAGUCGAUUCAAGACGCUAUUGCGGCUGUACUAGGGUUUGACGUCGGCUGGAAAUCUACAUGUCGCUUACCAGAGUGGGAGCUAUCAGAGUUGCACGAGAAUCUUUUUUCACUGGUCGACAAAGUUAGUAGAUGGGCCGUCAGAGAAAGGCAACUUAUAACACUGGAGGCUAUCAUGGACCGAAAUAAGGUCCGAGUUGUCGGGAGCAGUUUUCAUCCGGGGAGUCUCUUGUGGGAACCAAUCCUGCUUCACGACACGGAGAUGGCGAAGUUGCUCUUCGAAAAGGGCACAGACGUAGACCUUCGCAACGAAGGUUCGUGCAAUGCGCUCGUUGCUGCUUUGAAGAAUGGUCACAAGCAAACAGUAGAGCUAUUACUCGAGAGAUUCACCGAAGUUGUCAGAAGCUACGUCGAUAACUCUGACUUACCUAGUGGAAAGGGUCGUGAUGGUUCCCAAGUGGUGUUGACUGAUGACACUAACAGCUCUACAAAGAACAGCCAUACAUUUGUCAAUUCGACCAGUGAUCGAGAAGAAUACGAUGGCAUGACAAAAGUAGAUCUAGGAGGGUCCCACCGAGUCCUCGAUACUUGGUUUCAGCAACAGAAGUUCGAAAACGUCGAUGUUCAGUCGCUCGUUUCCGAAGAGGGCGACACGGCCUCUGACACCUCAAUGCCUUUGUCGUCAUGGGCUAGCGAGACGGAACUUACCAUCGUUGGUGUCCUUGCCAACAGUUCUAUUCUUUCUCCGCUGUACUCAAAGGCGCUGCAACUCAUGCCCGAAGAACGAUUUAUCAACAAUUUCAGACGUUUACUGCGGGCUUUCCAUGGAAGUCUCGUAGCAUCCGACAAUUCGAAUAUCACACGCCAGCUUGCAAAACUUUUGAGGUCUAAGCAACGCCAAAGUAGGAUUGCCAGGAUGUUCGUAGCCCGACACGUAGCUUUGCAAAGCUCUUGGAAUGAGGAGGAUCUCGCCAGUUUACGUGACAAGGAGAAGCAAGCUUAUACAAACGUGGACGGUUGGCUUGAUAAAACUAUUGUCUCCUCUACUAUCAUCGAUAAUCAAGCAGACAGCUCAGGAGAUAUGAAUACAGAGUCCGAAAGUGGUAACGACAGCGACUCUGAGUUUGAUGGCGAAGAGAACAUGUCUCAUUUUGCCCAGUAUCCGAGAUUAGACCUUGUUGUUCAGAAGCUCGUAGAAGGAAGACCUUUCCAAGAUAUGCUGACCAGCUUCAAAGAGCUUCUUCUACCACCUGGGCUUCUGAAAGAGCUGUUACCGAUACCAAGAGACAGCAUCACCUAUGGAACAACGGAAGAAAAUGGUCUUCUGUCAACUGUUCAGGGGUUUUUAGAGAAGAUCACCGCGUUGGAAUGGGAUUGGUGGCCGCUAUCGCCUAGGAUGAGAUCACUGAAACCCAGUGAAACACGUGUUUAUUGGAAAUGUUUUUGUGGAACAAAUCGAUGGAGAGAACUGAAAAUGGAGCAACAAGAGAUUUUAGACGAGGUUCUCAAGGAGUCUUCCGCCGAUGAUCAUCCUCGACCGCUUUGUGCUUUACUCCGAGACACAAAAAGCGCUAGCUGUAUGAAGACAUCUAGUCUUUCUCAACACGCAGCCAGUCAACCACAUCAAGAUGCUGGUCCCAAUUCUCACAUUUCCGCUUCUUCUAACGUAUCACCUUCAUCACUUGGAACUCAGGCGAUGCGAUCACAGCCCGGGAGUGAUGCUGUUUCACAAGCAGCAGGGAAUGGACCUGUACAACCUACCUCCGCGAGUACAUCAUCCUCGCAAGACUCAUCAGGAAACAACUCAGCAUACAACAAGCAGCUCUGGGUGAAUUUUGGAGUGGAUGGCUCAUGGACUCCAACGGAACUAGACCAGCUUGGUGGCCUCAACUUGGUGAGCGACUCCGCCUUCCUACGGAACCUUGGAAGAAGACACCGUGAGAUAAGGGGUUGGUUUCGCCACUACUUUUCAUUCCGCAUCAUAAGCUACUGGGAAUUUCUCCGGUUCAAAAGACUGCCACUACUUCCUCCUCAGACUAUCGAUGUUGAGGCAGAUUUGCCCACAUCUAGCGACUACGAAUAUGAUCCGAGGCCACCGCGCGCGACAAGAGAUAAGCCUGGCAUCACCAAGCACGAAUUCGAAGUCUAUGUACGACUCUGUCUGGAUCCCUGCUGGCUGUCAUCUCUGCUCAUGCCACACAAGUGCCGCACAGUAGGAGAUUCCGCUGUUGAUAUCGUCGAUAAGAUUCCAAAGUACAAGAAGCUUUUGGAACAGCGCGCCCAAGGAGACGAGCACGUUUGGGGUAUAAGAGCAAGAUACGUUGUGUCUGGUAUUCGUGUGGUUGCGCUUCACAUUGCAAUUCUUUGCAUCUCUUUUGGCGUGUGGAUCUGGUGGCAAUGGAAGCAUCCGGAUGACCUCCAAGGAGCCGCGGUUGCGCUCACAGCUGCGUUCCUGCUCAUAUCUACAUUUUGGAGUGCGACUGGUGUUCUUAGGGAUUUACGCUAGCUUCGCAGGAGUUUGUUUGGUGGUAAAACGUAUGCCAUCUUCCAAGAUAUGCUAUUCAUUGAUCAGACAGGAUAUUCGUGGUGGCAAGAGCAUUGAGCUUUGCCAGGGCGCAAGGCGCAACGCAUGUUCGUUCAUGAACAUCAACGCUAUGGAUACAGACAUACGCCUUAGACGUAUAUACUAGCAUCAAGGAUCAUGCUCUUUGCUAUUGCGCGCUGUUGUAGACGAUAGCUUCGAGUUGUUAUCCACACCUGUCAACUUCAUGUUCGCAAGCGGC